AAUGCCCUCUCUACUUCCUAUAUAGUAUAUAUAGUGUUAGUAGCUAGUCAAGUGAGCUAUAACAAUUGUAUACCGAUCACUAAACCAGAUAUUAGAAAAAUAUAUCAAAGAUAUGGGGAAAGUAUCUCUAUGGUUUUUGAGUUUGAUGUUUGUAGUGGUGGUGAUAGGGGUUGUGGAGUGUAGGAGACUUGAGAAGGAGACGUUAGGAGGCGGUGGUGGUGGAAUUGGCGGCGGUUUUGGUGGCGGCAAAGGUUUUGGAGGAGGAAUUGGUGGCGGGGGAGGUGCAGGUGGAGGUUUUGGUGGUGGUGUAAGAGGAGGCCAUGGCGGCGGUCUAGGCGGUGGCAUUGGUGGAGGCCACGGUGGAGGUAUUGGUGGUGGUUCUGGUGGAGGAUUAGGUGGUGGUGGAGGACUUGGAGGAGGCCACGGUGGAGGUAUUGGUGGUGGUGCUGGAGGAGGUGCUGGUGGUGGUGCAGGUGGAGGGCUCGGAGGAGGGCACGGUGGAGGCAUUGGUGGUGGUGCUGGAGGAGGUGCUGGUGGUGGUCUAGGAGGUGGUGCCGGUGGAGGUAAUGGUGGUGGUGCCGGUGGAGGUGCUGGUGGUGGUCUAGGAGGUGGUGCUGGUGGAGGACUCGGAGGAGGUCACGGUGGAGGUAUUGGUGGUGGUGCUGGUGGAGGUGCUGGUGGUGGUGCUGGUGGUGGUGCUGGUGGUGGUGCUGGUGGAGGACUCGGAGGAGGGCAAGGUGGAGGUGCCGGUGGUGGUGCUGGUGGAGGACUCGGAGGAGGUCACGGUGGAGGUAUUGGUGGUGGUGCUGGUGGAGGUGCUGGUGGUGGUGCUGGUGGUGGUGCUGGUGGAGGACUCGGAGGAGGUGCCGGUGGUGGUGCAGGUGGAGGACUCGGAGGAGGGCACGGUGGAGGUGCUGGUGGUGGUGCAGGUGGUGGUGCAGGUGGAGGAUUAGGUGGUGGUGCUGGAGGAGGUGCCGGAGGAGGAUUUGGUGGUGGUGCAGGCGGAGGAGCUGGUGGAGGAGCUGGCGGAGGAGCUGGGGGAGGAUUUGGUGGUGGUGCUGGCGGGGGUCACGGUGGAGGUGUCGGUGGGGGAUUUGGUGGAGGAUCAGGCGGAGGAUUUGGUGCUGGUGGUGGUGCCGGCGGAGGAGCUGGUGGAGGAUUUGGUGGUGGUGGUGGUGCCGGUGGAGGAUUUGGCGGUGGGUUCUAAAAUUUUAGUAAUUCAAUAUUCAUACAAAAUCUAUCCUUGGCUUGAAGUAAGCUAGGGCUACUAGUUACUUAUGUACCAAGUCAUAUGAGAAGAAUGAAAAUAUAUCAUAUUUCUUUCUGAUUUACUUUGUAACGAUAACCAAAUUUUAAAUAUUUGAAACCACUUCCAGUAUUCAUAAUA